AUGGAGUGGAUAGUUGCGUCGAAAUUAGCAGCUAGCUCACAGAAUUUCCACUCCGUCAGUCAGACCGUAAUAUAUCGCAUUCUCCCUGUUACGGUGCAUGGUGCUUCUGGUUUCAUUAACACAUUUGCGUUACUCGACGAGGCUUCCGAGGUAACGAUGAUCGAGAAGAGUUUGGCUGACGAACUGGGUCUCAAGGGUUCACCAGAUCCAUUGCACCUUCGCUGGACCGGAAAUGUGUCCCGAGUAGAGGAACAGUCUUGCGUGGUGAAGCUGGAGAUUUCCGGAAAGCAAAAGAAACGACGUUUCAACGUGGUCAACGCACGUACCGUAGAAGAGUUAGAACUUCCUGUUCAGUCGAUCAACCCGGAUGAACUAAUCAAUAACUUUCCGUACCUCAAAGGUUUGAAUAUUGAUGGAUACGAUGAAGCUCGUCCGCAGCUACUAAUCGGCCUGGAAAACCUCUACUUGUCCACUCCGCUGAAGAUUCGUGAAGGAGCACGUGGUCAACCAAUCGCCACUAAGACAAGAUUAGGGUGGUGCGUCUACGGAGGAGCAUCUACCAAACCAGACGAUUUCCGAGGAGUUUUCCACGUCAGCCGUAUGACUGAAGAUCGUCAGUUGCAUGACCUGGUAAAGCAGUACUUCCUGACGGACAGUCUCGGUGUCACUCCAUUGACUACUGAGCUUGAAUCGGCAGAAGACAAAAGGGCCAGACAAAUUCUCGAAUCAACAACUCGACGUGUACCAGGUGGAUUCGAAACUGGCCUGCUUUGGAGAUGUGAUGAGGUCCACUUCCCCAACAGCUAUCCUAUGGCUGUAAGCAGACUGAAGAGUUUGGAGCGAAAGACUCAAAAGGUUCCAGAACUGGCUAAGCGAGUCCACGAUCAGGUGGACGCCUAUUUGGAAAAGGGCUACGCGCGUAUUGCAACGGAGGAUGAUCUGUGUUCCGAUGAUCAAGAUCGAAUAUGGUUCUUGCCGCUGGGAGUGGUAAUUAAUCCUAAGAAACCACAGAAGCUGCGGUUGAUAUGGGAUGCUGCCGCUCAAGUCAAAGGUACAUCGUUUAACUCAAUGAUGCUGAAGGGUCCCGAUUUGCUGACGCCACUAACGAGUGUGCAGUAUCGAUUCCGGCAGAGACGCGUCGCGGUCACGGGGGAUAUACGAGAAAUGUAUCACCAGUUCAAGAUCGCGUUGAGAGACCAGAAGUCGCAGAUGUUCCUGCAUAGAAAAGACUCAUCCGAAGAGCCCGUCAUUUACGUGAUGAAUGUGGGGAUUUUUGGAGCAGCCUGUUCCCCAUGCUCAGCACAAUACAUUAAAAAUCUAAAUGCGAAAGAGCAUGCACUAGAGUUCCCGAACGCUGCUGAAGCUAUCAUCAAUAGCCACUAUGUGGACGAUUUUCUGGACAGCGGAGAUACCGUGGAGGAGGUCAUUCGUUUGGCCGAGGAAGUCAGAUACGUCCAUAGCCAAGGGGGAUUUGAAAUUCGAAACUUCAUGUCAAAUUGCCGAGAAGUACUGGAAGGACUUGGAGAAAGAAAUGCUGCGAAGGAGAAGAUGUGGAAUUCAGAGGAGUCUAACGUUGCAGAAUCUGUCCUGGGUAUCCGCUGGUUACCACAAUCAGAUGAACUGACCUUCUCCGCUUACAUGCCUGGUACAGAGGAGGGUUUGUUAGACGGUUCAGUUCGUCCUACGAAGCGCCAGAUCUUGAAGACGGUUAUGAGUCUGUACGACCCACUUGGAUUUCUCGCCACGUACGUGAUUCAAGGGAAAAUCAUCAUUCAAGACUUGUGGCGAGCCAACUGUGACUGGGAUGACUUGAUAGAUGACGGAAUUUUCAGAGAUUGGAAGCGUUGGAUAAACUUGUUGCCAAAGCUGAACGAUGUCCGUAUUCCAAGGUCGUAUUUUGGAGACGCUGUUCCAGAAGACUGCCAGCCACUGCAACUUCACACGUUCGUCGACGGAAGCAGCACUGCAUACGCCUGCGUAGUGUAUAUUUGCUUUAUCUAUGCUGGUCAGCCGCAUUGUGCGCUGAUAGGAGCGAAAGCCAAGGUCGCUCCAAUCAAAACACUAUCAAUCCCAAGGCUCGAAUUGCAAGCUGCCAUCCUGGGAACCCGGCUAGCACAGUCGAUUUUGGAGAAUCAUCAGCUUCCUAUUCAUCAACGGUUCUACUGGACCGAUUCAUCGACGGUCCUUCAUUGGAUCAACUCCGAUUCCCGCAGGUAUCGACCGUACGUUGCUUGCAGAAUUGGAGAGAUUUUGACAUCGACCAACCCAAGCGAAUGGAAGAAAGUACCAACGAUGCAGAAUGUAGCGGAUAAGGCAACGAAGUGGGGCAACGGGCCGUGCUUUGAUCCUGAAGAUCCAUGGUAUCGAGGACCACAGUUCCUAUGGGGUCCAGAGGAGUUUUGGCCAGAACAAAAUUGGAAAGGAACAGAUGCAGCAGAAGAACUUCGCCCGGUACUCGUUAACCGACGGGUGAAAAUAGAGCCUGUGAUCGAUGUGAAACGUUUUUCGAGAUGGGAAAAGCUGCAGCGAACGGUAGCGUACGUUCUCAAAUUCGGAGGAGUGAUGAGCGAAGAUACGUCGUUGGAAACACCGAUAAAUUCAGAACUUCUGUGCAAAGCGGAAGUGAAGCUGUGGAAGAUGGUUCAGCUGGAGACGUUUCCUGAGGAGUUAGCUGUGUUGCAGAGUCGACAUUCUACAAAGCCUUCGGGGGCGGUGCCGGUAUCGAGCCCGUUGUAUAAAUUGUCAGCUUUCAUCGAUGAAGAGGGAUUGGUGCGAAUGGAUGGUCGUAUCGGCGCCGCCCCCAACCUGCCGAUCGAAGCUAAGUAUCCCGUUAUACUAGCUCCGAACCAUCCAGUAACCUUUCUCUUCGUAGAUUUCUACCACCGUCGAUGUCACCACCGUAACCAGGAGACGGUAGUCAAUGAGCUUCGUCAACUGGUCUACAUUCCAGGUCUACGAAACCUGGUCCGCAAAGUCGCCGCUAGAUGUCAGAUGUGCAAGGUUUACAACGCAUCGCUGGGUUCGCCGAAGAUGGGCCCACUACCGCGGGCCAGGCUGGAAGCAUUUCUUCGUCCGUUCACCUACACCGGGCUGGACUACUUCGGGCCAGUGACAGUCAAAGUUGGUCGCAAACACGCUAAGAGAUGGGUUGCCUUGUUCACGUGCCUGACAACUCGAGCGAUACAUUUGGAGGUGGCACAUAGCUUGUCUUCGAUGUCCUGCAAGAUGUGCAUCCGUAGAUUCAUUGCUAGAAGAGGUGCCCCAUCAGAGAUAUACUCUGAUAACGGCACCAACUUCCGCGGUGCCGCGAAUGAGCUACAAGAUCAAAUCCAGCAGUGCGCCGAAACCUUCACCAAUACCACGACCAAAUGGUAUUUUAAUCCUCCAGCCGCACCCCACAUGGGUGGGGUGUGGGAACGACUUGUGCGAUCGGUCAAGGUCGCUAUAGAAACAAUGGCCUCCGCACCAAGAGUACCCGACGAUGAAACCUUCGAGACAAUCAUCCUAGAGGCCGAGAGUAUGAUCAACUCAAGACCUUUGACAUACAUCUCGCUGGACAACGCUGGCCAAGAAGCGCUGACACCUAAUCAUUUUCUUUUGGGUAGCUCAAAUGGAGUUAAGCAACUGCCUAAGGAACCUACGAAGGCCACCGAUUGUCUACGCAGCAGCUGGAACCUGGCACAACACAUUCUGGAUGGAUUUUGGAAAAGAUGGUUGCGCGAAUACCUUCCAACGAUUGCCAGGCGAACCAAAUGGUUCCGAGACACUAAACCAAUUGAAGUUGGUGACUUGGUUUUCGUUGCCAACGAGAACAAGAGAAAUACCUGGAUUCGAGGUCAGAUCGUCGAGGUUAUUCGUGGAAAAGAUGGUGUUACCAGACAGGCCCUGGUACGUACGGAAGCGGGAGUCAUCCGACGUCCGGCAGUGAAGCUCGCCGUCAUCGAGGUAGCUGAAGAUGGUAAGGUCGAGGCUAGUGGACAGGACCAAACUCAACCUUACGGGCCGGGGAAUGUUGGUACUGCUACGAGCCAUCCGCAGUCCCCUUGA